AUGGGCCGCAAGAAACUGGAAAUCAAGCCUCGUGAAGGCAAUCAACGCCAGGCGACCUUCACCAAGCGCAAGGAAGGCGUUUUCAAGAAGAUCCAUGAGCUGGCCAUUCUGUGCGACUGCGAUGUUGCCUUUAUCCUUUACGAUUGGAAAGGCCGAAGCUUUCUCUAUUCAACGGCGGAUGCCGACGCUGCCAAGGAACAACCCGAGGCGCGCAGCCACCCCUAUUCAGUGCCCUUCGUCCCUAGUGCCACAUCUGCUUCCAUGCCAGCCCAACCAGUCGGGUUUGGUUAUCCCCCAGCCACAUUGUCCGUUGCCACCCAAGGCCUUUCCCAAGCCGCAAGCGCGGCUGCUCAACGUGUCACCAAUGCCGGUUUCGUCCUUGCUGCCGCCGACAUGGCCUACGGACCUCCCGCCAAGAAAGCCGUGCGUACUUGCAAACAGAUUCCUGCUCCGUGGCUGGCCAUCCCAUGCACCCAUUACAGCAAGCAGCGCAUGGAGUUGCUCUUUCUCAUUUCUUUCUUCGCUAUCGGCACAUCGCAGCACCACGACAUGAGCAUGAGCGACCAGAAUGCCAUGAGCGACCAAAACGCCGACCUCAUGGCCGCUUGCAACCGCGUAUGUCGAGCUUGCGCCUGGCGGACGCACUGGCCCGUGUGUACUUUUCUUUUGGAGCUGCAUCUCUCACCACUUCUGCCAACCCUGGUGUAG